AGAUCACAGCUGAGACUCAACAAGGCGCAACACAUAGCCAAGAAACACCAAGAGGUAGGGCAAAAUCCGACUCAGCAAUGGCACCCAGCAGAGAGGCGUGCGCGGUCGCCAUGGCCAUGGCGGCGCCGUUCAUCGCGAUGGCAAGCAACAUCGACGCCGGCAACCUGGAGAAGAGGCGCAGGACCUCGUCCGACAAGCUCCAGCGCACCGUGUCCGACGUCUCCUACGAGCUCCACCACCACGGCCGUGCCAAGGAGGAGGAGGAGGCGGCGGCAGAGGCGGAGAUGAAGCUGCUCCACCCGGUCCCGGAGGUGGAGGACGCCAAGUGCGAGUGCUGCGGCAUGUCGGAGGAGUGCACGCCGGAGUACAUCCGCGGCGUGCGAGGCCGCUUCUCCGGGCGGUGGGUCUGCGGGCUGUGCUCCGAGGCCGUGACGGAGGAGGCCGAGAAGAGCGGCAACUCGCGGGAGGAGGCGCUCCGAACGCACAUGGGCGUGUGCAAGAGGUUCAACGGCUUCGGGAGGACGCACCCGGUGCUGUUCCAGGCGGAGGCCAUGAGGGAGAUCCUCAGGAAGCGCUCCAAACUCGGGCCCAGGUCUAGGUCCAGCAUCAACCCCCGGGAGGUCAGGGAAAGCGCCUCCAAGGCAAAGGCUGCCGCUGCCGGAGGCGGCAUCGCGCGCAGCUCCAGCUGCAUGCCGUUCAUCACUGACGAGUGAUCAAAUAUGCUGGCUCGAUCAUUGGCUAACUUCGAGCAUGAGAAGGUGCUAACGCCGAAGGACAAGUUGUCUGAAGACUAUGAAGCCUUAAUGGUUUUCAUGUUUUUGGGCUAGGGGUGCAUGUUUUACACGCCUUUAUGGUGUGCGUUUUUCCUGCCCCGCUAGCUUAUCUAGUAGAAACUUGAGCACUACUGUAGUACCCAGCAAUAUUAAU